AUGGCGACGACACUAACAAACAAAGAGCUUUUCUGGGAUGGAAUCGCAAAGAUUUUUACGGAAAAGCAAGCAGAUGUACGGCUAAAACCAUGUGACGACAAAGAUGAGGAGGCAGCUAUCUUUGCCCAUAAGAUUCUCCUGUCUGCAAGAUCAAAGGUGUUUAAGAUGAUCUUUGAAUCAGACAAAUUCAAGGCUUCGUCCAUGAUGGAGACAGUCACUGUCGAGGAUCUAAAUCACGAAGAGUUAGUGGCUUUCGUUGAGUUCCUCUAUAGCGACGGCGCUAUUCUCUCAGGGAAAGCGAAGAAACACGUUGUGUCACUCUAUCGUGCAGCCCACAAAUAUGAGAUUCCGCAUCUGGGAGACCUAUGCAGAUAUGUGCUUAUAUCAUCUCUUAGAUCUUGUAAUGCUCUCAAAGUUCUUGCGCUCUCUGAAAUCCCUUCUGAUGAUGCCCUCUGUGAUGCCGCCUUGAAAGUUAUCAAAACCCAUAAAAGCACUAUUUCUACCUCUGCUGCGUUCAAGGAAUUCGCCGUCCUCCAUCCAGUUCUUACCGUGAAGAUAAUGAAGGCUAUUUCGUUGAAGCGAAAGCCUUGUGUCCAUUGUCAGAAAUGUAAGUCAUGUGAUUUUUCGUAG